CCCUUGCAAACGUGUUGAGAGAGAGAGCAACAUCACCACGCCCCCCUCCCCACUAACCUGGAAACCUAGAAAACAUCACCAAGUGUAGAGACUGGUCACCCAAAGCCAAACCUCCUUGGUUAAGACGUUGUUUAAGACACUGUCUAAGAUGGAUGUCCUCCGCCCUGAGCUCCUCUGGAUCGACGGCAGAUGCUACAGGAAGAAUUUCCUGUCAGACUCCCCGCUGGAGACCGGUCCAGAUGACAUGGAGGAUGAGGAUGAAGAAGAUGAUGUUGCCAUGACUACCGGAUGCAGGGACAUGUAUGCUGAUGAGUCAUGUGACAUCGUGCCGCUCCAGAAGACAGAUAGGGGGUACAAGUUGACCCUUGACCUUCCCAGCGACCUCUACAAGUUCAUCAUCGGCAAGAAAGGGGAGACGAAGAAACGUCUUGAGCGGGAGACGAAGACUCAGGUGCAGAUUCCCAAGGUCGGGGCGGGCGGAGAGGUCGUGAUCACCGGGACAGACAGACAGGGGGUGAUGUCCGCCAUGAGGAGGGUUCAGAUACUGGCGGACUCAGGAAGAGCCAAGCUGCCCUUCACCCACUUCCUGUCGUUUCCCCUGAUGGCCACGCCCAUCAAGAAAGGCUUCCAGGAGUUCAAGUCCAACGUGCUGUCAGAGUGUGGGCAAGACCAAGGUAUAGAUGCCAGUAUAUUCCAGAACCCGGACAAACUCCACCUGACCCUGACGACCCUCGUCCUGCUGACCGAUAAGGAAGUGGCGGCGGCGGAGCGCGUCUUGAAGGAGUGUCGUGAUGACAUCAUCGCUCCGCUCCUCGAGGGAAGCCCGCUUCAGGUCGACGUACGUGGGGUCGAGUACAUGAACGAUGACCCGGCCGCGGUGGACGUUCUGUACGCACAGGUGCAUCUGCAAGACGGAUCAGACAAGCUGCAGACCAUCGCUGACGGGAUCGUGGAGAAGUUCGUUAGCGCGGGACUAACGGAGCGAGAGUACGACCGCGUCAAACUCCACGCCACCGCCAUGAAUACGCUAUUCCGCAGAGACCCGAGCGCCAGCCCCGACAAAACCGACAGAAAGGCUGCUGGGAAGGGGCGGCCGCUCAAGGACAGGGAGUCUUUCGAUGCUCGUAACGUCUUGGAGAUCUUCGGGGACUUUCACUUUGGCAAGACGGAUUUGAACUCGAUACACCUGUCCGAGAGGUUUUCCUCGGACAGUAAGACGGGAUAUUAUAACUGCGCAGCGUUUGUAGAACUCACAUGAUUCAGGGUCAUUUGAACUUCGAAGUUUAUACUUUCUUGUCAAUUAACCUUGUAGUCCUUAUUUGGACUGAAUUGUAUCGAUUUCACCAUACUCUUGCCUCGUUAAACACUGUGAUUAAUUGAAAUAUGAACAGCAUAGAAACGACAUGACAUAAUGUACAUAAUUAAAUCAAAACAUUUGAACUUCAGAAAUAAGGCGUCAAGCGCCAGGAACAUCUCUGCAUUAUUGAGUUGGUAUAAUGUUUUAUUUAUGAUAAGGCCAUACUCCUACACAUUGACAUCCAACAGCCAAACCGCCUGCCUGGAUGUAACCUGCUCUUUCAACCGUCACUCUUAGUUCCUGUGGACGUCCCCCCAAACCAGCUGUCUUAGCCAAUCAGAGAAUAGGCCGUUCAGUUUUCAAAAGGGGUCUCGCAUAUGUAAGGGUAAGUUCAUUAAUAUUUAUGCACAGGGCGGUCAGGACUAAGGGAGACAGUUGAAAGAGCAGGGUACAUCCAGACAGGCGGUUUGGCUGUUGGAUGUCACUGGCAGUGUGUAGGAGGAUGGAUAAGGCCAGAUGAAUGGUAUCAACUUUAUGAAUAUGAACUUACUUAAAGACCCUUAAACCCAAUCUUAAAUUGUACCACAUAAUCUUCCAAUAGAUAUCAAAGUUUUGUUACACACGACAGAGUUUUCUUCUUUGAUAUCUGCCAACACUUCAGUAAUAUGCUAACAGCUGUAAUGCUGCUUCUGGCUGCCAGGGGGCACUGCAGUGGGAAGAAAAAAGCAGUCCCAAAGGUGGCUAACUUCUACUUUCCAAGCAGAGGUUGAGUCGCGUAGAUAUAGUAGUAGUCGGAGCGCCGGUGUAAUUUUUCAGACUACUACUAUAUCUACACAACUCAACCUCUGCCUGGAGAGUAUCAAUGUCCCUCAAACUGUAGCAAUGAUAGAGGAUAUGCUGAAUGAUGUGUUGAUACCCAUGGAUAUCAGAAUAAAGCACUAAAUUUAAAUCUGAAA